CUGUUUUCAAAAUAAAAUGGCUAUAAUUUUAACAAAAUAAGACGAAUUAUCUUAAACUUUUGCAUCUCAGCCAUUUCUUCGGGAUUUCAAAUUUUGAAUAUAUUUUUUAGUAUUAAUAUUAAAGGUGUUUUAAAUGCUGUUAGACGUUGCAUGGUUUCACUUUCACCAUUGCCAUUUCAGAACCUUUGUCCCAUUGGAAUCGAGAUAUCAAAUAAUGAGGCGACUUUAUUUUCCAUCAGUACGUUGGAAGUAUAGGUUUGAAUGUUACAGAACCGAUGUGAUGAAACUUCAAGAUACCUUUGGAAAUAUGAUAAGUCAACUGGAACUUUGAAGUUGAUGCCUACAUGGAGAUAACUAAAUAAAUAUUGAUUUAUUUCUCCUGGAAAACCAUCUAAAAGUAUUUUCCAGGUUUUAGUGGCAACGUCGGAACUUUCAAGGAAUCUGAAAUGGAAGCAACAAAGUCGUCAACAAAGAUGAAAUGGUGAUUCUUCGUUGCUGCAUAGACGAAGACUCGACUGAAAAACGAAUAUAAUAGAAGCUGAAAUUCACCGGCUACGGCUUCAGGAAAAUAAAAAGACGACGUUGAAUUCAUAGAAAUUUACCAAAUGCUGCUAGAGUAAUGCUAACAGUGCCUCACUUCUCAUGCAAAAAAAGAAAGAAAGAAAGAAACGGUUUGCUCUUGCUUUUAAGUGCUUGGAAAAGGUGUUUGGUUCCUGUUUCAAAUCCUGAUACCUAGAAAUGAACGUUGUUGAAGAAAACUUCUAUCCUAAAACAGAUAUAAAAAAAGGCAUUAAUUGGAAAAUUCAAGUAAAAAUUUUAUCCUUGAAAUUUCCUCAGAUUAAAUUUUUUAUGGAAGAGAUUAACUUCGAAUAUUCGUUAGAAUAUUUUUAUACAAAUUAAUUGAGUUUUCCAUUAAAAAAAAGAAGAAAUCACUAUUUAAAAUGUUAUAUUAAUGCCCUUGCCGAAAUGUUGCAAAAUUGGCAUAACUAAAUCAGAGAGGAAUAUUGGAUGUGUUUCUAAACCUCCAGAGCAUCGCGCAUCUCUCGCUUGUAUAUUUGGAAAAAGUCUCAAACGAUACAUCAACAAAUAUCAAAUAGUUUCACGGUGAUAAAUCUCGGCUGCAAACACGAUCAUGAAAUUGGCGAUAUACCACAGAUCUGGAACCAGACGGCUUCUAUCAUGAGUGAAGUGCAUAAUUAAAGAACAUUUGUUCUUCUUGCAGAUCCGAUGCCAUCAGAUAAGACAUAAUAUCUAAGAAAAUUCUUCAGCUUACCAAGCGCUUGGAUAUUGCUUAUUUUACCUAAAUCAGAAAACAAGUGCAGCUACGGAUUAAUCUCAACCAGGUCCGUCUGGUUGCAAACACCUGUGACUGCAUAUAUGAAACAUAAUGAAAUUAUUCAGUCACGUCAGUUCGAAAGAUGCGCAGAUUCCUGUGUAAGGCAAGUUAUAUAUUCAGAAGAAUCGUUUUCUUUGUGUAAUCCAUUGUAGUGUGAUGGUAGCUUCAUAAGCCAGUUAACAGCCUCCGAGCAGGGGCGGUCACUUUUGUCUAGUGGUUAUGUUAUGCGGCUACGGACUCUCAUGCCGCGGGUUCUGUCCUCGGGAAUGCAAGCACCACAGUAGUACAUUUCAACACGUAGAUUGCAUUUCAGUGUUUUGUAAGGGCAUUUUGGCGGCCAACUAUGGUUCACUGAUAGGUGACAUACUUAGAUAAAAAGCUAUGGAUUUACUCCCAUAUUAGAUGGUAAUGUCAUCUCUUGCAUGGACUUUCUGAAAAGAGUUCGUCUGACUAUUUCAUUAUCACGGUUUAAAUCGUAUUAUACAUUGCACAGUUUGUGUCAGAUCGGAGAACAUGAAAUUAAUGUCCAGCAAAACAUAGUGGCAGCACACUUGAAUAAACCUAUUGAUUUUUCCUGGAAUGUUGUCUAAAAAAAGUACAUCCGUUUAAAAAUACUGUAUAUAAAUGUGAACUAAAUAUUCAUUUGAUUAAUUUCAGUUGACUAGUGUAUAUAUAUAACUGGUUGUAAAGCAGUCUUAAUAAUGAUUUCAUAUUUCAAUUUUUUUUUAAAUAAGUACUUUCUAUCUGAAUCUAACCUUAACCCCUCAGGGGCUCGUCUUCUUCAGGCGAGUACGGGUUUCACGCUCCCGAGGUACCCAAGUGAUCUGUUCUCUUUUCCUCUUUCUAAUUGAGAUACUCUAUAACACACUUUUCUUUCCCUUUCUUUUCUGUGACCAAAUAAAAAAUUAUCUGUCCCCCUCCCACCCAGUGGCAUACUCAAUAGUCAGUCAUAAAAAAGGAAUGUUUUUCGGACUUUGUUUUUGAUUAAAAGGAAACUUAUAUUGCAAUAUUGUGUUCUUAAUAACAUCAGAAUUUAUAUGGCUAAAAUAUGAUCACCUAUAUUGCCUUUUAUUAUUAUUUCGCAACAUAUUUGUUUUUCCUUUAAUCUGCAAAAUAAACUCUCAGGCAAUCUUACUUUCCUUUUCCCUAGACAAUUUUUUGAAGAACUUUUUUUCCAAGAUGACACAAUUUUAAUAAAUAAUAAGUAAAUUCAUCCAAAGUUAUAUUAAUUUUUAGAACAUCUUAACUGAAGCAAGAAAAUAAUAUAAUUUCAAAAAUUAAAAUAAUUUAAUUUAAUUUCUGAAAAUAAGUAUUAUUUGUUUACGAAAGUAAUGGCCAUUUUUAUUCAAUAUAUAGUAAUAAAAUUUACCUGCAUUUUACGGUAAAAGCAAUUUGAUUUUAUACUUACGGUCUUCAGAUAUUAUAUAUAUAUAUACUAAUGUUACUCCUUAUUUUAUUACUUUACGAAAUUUUAAAAAUUAAAGUAAUUUAAGUUUAAUUCGUAUUCUCAAAAAUGUCGCUAGUGUAUUCUCAAAAUUACUUGUGACGUCAGCUAAACUGACCCAUACGUUUGCCGUGUAUGGCGUCCCGUAAGGAGGAAAAUGGAGUCCUGGGGCUCCUGCGGCGUUCCAUAUCGGGCUAGGAUGUCAAUGUCCGGGAAUACUGCUGCGUGCCCUUUGGUCCAGGCUUCUCUGUAGACGGGCGGCAGGAGUGAGCCCGUUCCUGUCAAUCGGCUGGUGGCGUGCCCUGUGGGGAUCAGAGACUGCCGCUAUAGGGCUAGUGCUGCAAACCAGGAGUGCCUCGGGUGAACCGACGGAUACACACUCCGAUCUUGUAGCACUAUAUCCUGGUGUUACCUCUGGGACAAGUGCCGAGGCUGGUAACUUCCAGAGCCGGUAACUGUCCCCCCUUGUUGGGCUCCGUGGUGGGUGGAGGCGCAUCGGGACGAACAAACAUUUACCCAAAAUGGAUUCAUUUCAAACUCAGCGCCCUGGCAUAGGCCUAUAUUUGCCAAAAAACGCGCCAAAAAGCAAAAACGAAGCAUUCAUUAAAGCUACUUUCGAACUUUUGGACAAAGUAGAUAAGGAAGUCAAACUGAACGAUAAUCAUAAGAAUAUCAUAUUAGUAUUCAGUAAUUCGGGGAAAGGAGAUAGCACCAUCCCGCAGUGGAUGUCUGGAGAGAAUACCAAAUUAAUAUCUACUGAGACAAAAGAGACGGAGGAAUAUAUGAGUGAAAACAGAAAAAAAAUUCCGAAUUCGAACAAGGAAUCUUUACCCGAUUUAAUUGUAGAUACAAGGGCAAACAUCGCGUAUUACGAGUUUCCCGGUGUUAUGAAAGCAGAAAGAAGUAUAAGUAAUCGCAUAGUAACAACCUAUUUUACCAAAAAAGUCUUGGAUCACGCAGAAAACAUUAAAAUUAUUUUAUCUUUUAGUUACUCGUCUCUUAUCAAAAAGGACAGACAGAGUUUUUUGCAAUUAGUAAGUUAUAUUAUCGAACUUGUUAAAGACAUCGAAAAGUUUCGAAAUAGUAUCGCCAUGAUAGUGAGCGAAGUUAACAAUGAAUACGAGAACAAAGGCAACGAUUCUCUUUCAGUGGAUUAUAACAAAAUUAAAGAAGGUGUUGUCGAUUUUCUUCUUGAAGCAAAGAAACUUUGCGAAGAAAUCUUGAAAAAUCCAGAUAUAUCUGAAAAAGACAGGAAAUACUAUUCCAGCACAAAAACAAUUAUUGAUAUAAUUUUAGAGAAAAAUAGCGAAUGUUACCCAAAGAUAGAAUUCCUCCGAACAAAGGCUGAACCAAAACAUAUUGGCAAAGUUACUCUGAUACAAGAAGGUGAAAGAAAUUUGGAAAAAUUGUUAGUCAGAAACCUUCAAUAUACAAGAAAAGAUCAGAGAGAUUUUAGUUAUAAUGCACCUGAUAAGUCUAAGAACGAAAUUACUGACUUAGUGAGAGAAAUAAACAAUAAUGUUUGGUUUUAUUUUAAUGAAGUUUCGCAUCAUAUUCUAAAACAUUAUAACGAUUUAACGGAACGAAUACGCAGAGAGAUAAAAUUAGUGACCGACGAUGUAUUUCUUGACGACCUCAGCCUAUCGACUUCAAAAGAACUGUCGACUGAAUUCUAUAAUGCGUAUAAUCUAAUGUCAAAUUUGAUGGAAGAAAUUAAAAAUUCAACAGACACAGGGGAUAUAGCAAUGAAAGUCAAGCAUAGUGUUUCCAGUUUCAAUAUAAAUAUCUCGAACCAAUCGGUAAUGCAGUUAGCAAAACAAGAAAAAUAUUUGAAAUUCUUAGUCACACUAACGGGUGCAGAAUUAAACAGAAAUCCACUAGAGGACGUAUUCAAAAAUACAUUCACACAUCUUGCCUAUUUAAGAAAUACUGUUCAAGGUGAAGUAAGAGAGGCAACUGAAAAAUUAAACUUUAGAAUAGUGUCGAGCCUUAAUGGAAUUGCGGAAGCUUUUUACAAACACUACGCCAACAAGGUGAAAUUGUCAGAUAUCCAACAACUUCCCGAUGAAUUAUCAAAGGAAUAUAACGUCAUAAUGAAAAUGAUAGGAAAAAUUGGGAAUGCAAGGACUACAAAUGAACUAGUGAAAACAAUACAUGACUGCGCAAAUAUGCUGGAUAUUACUGUGCUUAAAGAAAAUAUGCUUAGCAUUACAAAUCAAGGCAGGUACCUUGAAUUUUUAAAGAACGCGAGCAAAGGAGAAUUGACGUCGCAUGAGUCAACUGCAUGGGCAAAUCCUUUUGAAGCUGUUUCCAAGUAUCUUCAACAAGGUCAGAAAUGGUACACAUUUUUAAAUGCAUUGUAUGAUAAAUUUUCAGAGUACGAGAUACAGAAAAACAAACAGUUGUACGAUGUCGCAAAUCUAGAUGACUGGGGAAAGACAAACAAGCCACAAGGAAUAACGAUAACAGCAACAUCAUAUCAUGAGUUUUUAAACAAAAUAGACAAAUUUAAUAUAACUGAGCAAGAUAGCGUCAGAAACAUCACACUUACAGAUACGCAGCUGGAAGAGCUCAACCAUGCGUUAAAUUUAACAUUAAAGCACACAGUUAGCGCAAAAUGUGAAGAUUCUAUGCUUGUAUUCAGAGGAAGUUACAUUGUAAGUGGAGAAAGCGCUAGCAAUGGAGACAUAGAUGAGGACUGUUUAAAAUCUUUAUUUGCCAAAAAUACAUAUCCUUGUGGUUUUGUUUUAAACGCACUCUACAUUGAUAGUAAUGACUUUCUUGCACCAUUUAUAAUUGCGCCGAAAUGGGAAAUUGCAGAUCAAGUGACUAUCGAUUUAAGCGGACCUGAAGGAGAGUCCCGCAUGACACCUUUCAGUUUCUUCGAACCAAGAACUAGGUUAAAAGCUGCAAAUGGAACUCAGCCUGGAGCUAGAGGAGCUGACGGAAAACCAGGAGGGCCGGGCGGCCCUGGCAUAAUCUUUCUUGGCAUCGCCGAUAACAUCGUUAACGGAAAGAACCUAACCAUAAAAGCGAAUGGUGGUGACGGUGGUGCAGGUGAGCAUGGAGGAGACGGUUACAGUAAAAAUAAAGCCUUUAGUGCCGUAUCACCUUGGGACUCGGAUCGUUGUCAGAAGAAUUGCAAGCCAGUGUUUGGUUUCAAAUGUCAAACGCUUUCGUACGAAUUCAAACCAGGGCAAUGUUCUGGUUCCGGGAAGCAAAAGAACUGCACAUCUGAUGAAUAUUCUUGCAAGUACAAAAUUUUCGGUCGCACUGGAAGUGGAGAAAAGUGGAAAAGUGAUGGUGGCAAUGGAGGAAGGGGAGGCAAGGGAGGCCCUGCCGGAAAAGUAGCAUUAUUUGAGCUAAGUGGUGAUUCGGGAGUUGUGAAGGUCGCAAACCGAGGCAAAGAAGGGGAAAAUGGGCUGGGUGGUUAUCCAGGAUGCAUUGAUUGCAACGGAGACGAUAUAAUUGUGUCUUUUGAUUCGAAAGUAUCUUCAAAGUGGAAACUGGAAGAAACAAUCAAGCACGGAGGUAAGAAGGGUGUCGACGGUGGAAAUACUGCUGGCCUGUUGGAUCCUAAAUCACCUUAUACCAUGAAAGAUCCGGCAAAGGUCGUGAAUAAAUAUAAAAGUUUUUUAAGAGAAAAUAUGAUAGAUCGUUUUACAAGAACUCGUCACUUUCAGUUUCUUGAAAAAAUGAACAGUAACGAUGAAAUCAACAGUCUUUAUGACACAACGGGAUUUAUAGAUGAAUUUGAAGAAUUAGAAAAACAAUUUCAUGCCUUGAAUAAAAAAAUUAACUUCAUUCCUUUCUAUCAGUCACUAUUAUCACGGAUAAGUGAAUAUUCCAAAAGUCCUAAGAGCGACGAAAAGUCCAAUCAGCACAAAAAGGUUCUUAAUUACUUGUAUACCGCUAUUUUAGGAAGGAUGUCUGAUCUGAAAGAUGAUUCCGAAUCUAACCUAAUUAUAAACAUCAGUAGUUAUCUGGAUAUCGUAAAAAGAGAGGUCGAAGCUCUGAAAGAUUUACAGAAAUUAAAUAACAAGGCCGAAAUAAUUAACAAAUACCAAGAAAGAUACAAAGAUAACCUUGAUAAGAAGAUAGAAGAAGCUAAGAACAUUAUAGAGAAGAUGAUAACACCAGAAAUGGAAACCAUAAGCAAGGCCAUGGACAGCAAAAUAGAUUUGUUGAUCGACGAAACGAUAGAACUGCAGAGAAAAGUAGAAAAAGAUAAAGAGGCACUGAUUAAGAAGAAACAAGAGCUGGAGAGAGCAAUGGCCUUGAGGGGACUGUUUUCUUGCCUUAGCAUAUUUGGUCAAGUCCUGAGUUUCUUUGGUCCAGUAGGAGCUGUCGUAGGUACAGUGAUAGGAGCAACAUCUUCUGUCGCCGAAUCUUUAGUUCUAGACAAUCAACAGCAAGAUUUGCAAAUAGCCCCUGAUAUAGUGCCUAGCCUCAAAAUAUUAGGGAAUCAAAUCAAGAGUAUCAGAGAAAAAAAAGUUAACUAUCUCAGCAAAUUACUUGAAGAAAUAACUCAAGAAAUCGGGAAGAAUCCUAAGAAGUUAGGCGAUAUGUCAGAAAAAAUAGCUGACCUAAAAAUCAGAUUAAACAAAGUGAAGGAAAAUAAAUAUGACUUUAAGGAAGUCAAAACAUUAGAAAGUGAGCUAAAGCAGGAAAUCAAAAAUAAGGAAGGGCAGUUGAAAAUAGAAGGAGUCGUACCCGAUGACAAGACAAAAGGUGCUUUAAAGGUUGUAGAAAGGAUGACUCAAGCAGUUCAGCUCGGUUCUUUGUUGGUCGACAUUUAUAACAAACACAAAAACGACCAAGAGAAAGUUGACACGAUCACCGAUGCCAUACAAAAAACAGAUGAAAAAAUUAAAAAGUUGAAGGAAUAUGAAGAACAGAUUUAUGAGGUAAUAUCACCAACCCUGCACAGUAUGGAAAACAAUCUUCAGGACGUAGCCAGCAAACUGGAAGCAAAGUCACAGGCAUCUCUAGAAGUAACCAAGUGGAAAGUACAAAGUGCUUUGAGAGACAUGAAAUUACAGAUGCAGCAACUGACAGAAGGUUUUCAAGUCAAGGAUAGUUUGGCACGUUGCAUCGAAAAGUUAGAAGAGGUUAUGACCACGCUCAUCAACGUGUACGACCGCAUACAGAACUAUCAGGACCAACAAAAUCUGGCCAAUUAUAUCGCAGAUAUUAGCUCUGCUUCGGCAAGUAGCAUCAACAUUAGCAAUCCAAAUCUUGUUAAAGCUGUGAAUCAUUUAGAAAUGGUAAUCAGAUCGAACGUUGUUUUGACUCAGUACAGAGCAGCAGUGAAUGCCUUCAAGCAGUGGGUUUUCCCCUUUGCCAGUUAUUAUUUAGAGCAAUCCAUGCUACCCUCCCAGCUCCAAUUAGAGAACGAUUUUGAAAAUCUAGUUGACGGAGCCGUAAAACAAAUAGACAGCAUAAAAUCGAAGCUGGAUUUGUAUAAAACAUCUGUGAAAAAAACUGAUAAGUACAUAAACACAGGAGAGUUCAGUAGUCGGUAUAUGUCCACUGAGCCGUUUUAUGUCUGGAAAAACCAGGCAUACAGAGACACAAUUUCAAAACUGCUAUCCGGACAAGAAGUGGUGCUUAGAGCAGAUGUGAAAAAUUCUGCACCUGAUAAAGAGGCUAUUAAGUUCAGUGUGGUGGAGCUCUAUUUCAAAACAAAUAACGAAACCAUGCAGUCUGGAAUAAACAAUGUAAUAAAAGGCUUUGAUAUAAUGGUCACUCAUCUUGGUAAUUCUUACUACAGAUACGCUGACAAGAUUUACGUUAUAACAUGUGACAGUCAAACUAUCUUGUACUCUUGCGAAAAGAACACUGCUGGAGAACCCGUCAGUAAAAAUAUGGUAUUCGACAAGAUCAAAGAAGGCGAUUUGAUGUUGAGUCCCUACACGCUAUGGGAAAUAAAAAUGAUCAAUUCUACGAGAAAAGUCACAUUCCGAGAUUUAGAUAUAUACAAAGACUAUGUUGAUAUAGAAUUGUCAGGAUACGGCAGUUACGUACUCAGUAAUGUGAAUGGAUUUAAACCUGCUGAUAAAGAAUAUAGAUCUGUGGGAAAAUUUGACGAAGUGGACAUAUGCAUAGAUUCUGAAGUGAGAAAUUCUAGUGAUUGUACCGAUGUGAUUGGGCGCAUGAUUCGGUCUGCCCAUCAUGUUCAAGGGUACGACGGCUACACCACAAAUGGUGCUACGCCUCGCUUAUGGUCUCCCAUAAACUAUGCUUGCAACUUCCUUAAAAUGCACAUCGCGGCAAAUUUUGUUCAGUUUUUUAUUGAUGAAAUGAAACAUUUAAACAUUAAUAUCAAUGGGGACUUAGCCGUAAAACCAUCUACUAAUUUGAAAGGCAUCGAAAAAAUAUCAGAAAGCAGCAAUGCAGGUGGUUCUAAGUUUGUUGGAAAUACAUUAAUCAAAGAGAAUGAAAUCAGUAAACAUAACUGCAUUGUUCGCGGCGUGAGUUUCAACGAUUGCAGUCGUUGUUUUAAAAAGUCAUUUUUAUUGAAUGCAACGAAAGAGAGAAAUAGCUGUUUUAGUUUAAGUGAUUGCCUCGAGGUAAACAGCACGCUUUUACUUGCUGAUGUAGUAACCAGAAAAAUUACGGAAAAUAAAUACAAACGGGCCACUGAAGAAUGCUUGCUGUCCCCCAAAGAAAAAUUACAAAUAAGACUUGAGAAUUGCGCCAUACGAAACGACGAGGAUGCCAAACGUCAUCUGCAUAUCUUAUCCCGAAUGACAGACGACAGUGAAAAUUCAUGGUUAAGUGGAGCGAAAAGAUACGCCAAAUCCAUUUUUCAGUAUUUUGGACUAGAUAAGAAUUCAGGGCCAGAUGAAUUUGUCAAAGAUAUCAGAACUUUAUUCGCCUAAAUGUUAAUUGAGAUUUUAAAGAAGAAUACAUUUAAUCGUUAUUAUUGACUUUAAAUUCGAUAAAUAUUUAUAUCAGAUGAUUUCAUUGGUGAUGUUGAAAUUAUAUACGGCAUUAAGAAAUUUUACCUUAUUCGCAAUAAUAUAUUUAGAGUAAAUAGUUUGAACUUGAGGCACAUAAAUAUUAAUUUCAAUUUCUUUUAUUUGUUAAUUUUUGAAAAAUUUAAUAGAAAUAAAUUUAGACAUUCUGACGUCUUUUAACAAUACGACUGAGAACUGGUGUACAAGAAGAUAUUUUUAUUUCAGACAUAAGUAGCUAUUAAUAAAAAAUUCUUUGAUCCAAAAUCUAUUCUGUGAUUAUCUUAAACAGUAAAAUGAUCAUUCUGCUUUUAAACCCAUUGACUAUUUCUUUAACAACUUUUUCUUCCAUAUUCCUUACCAUUAUCUUUUUUCCAACUCUCUUUAGAAAGGUGUUUUCAAUUUAUGUGCGACACUCCUUUCACAGAUUGUCCAUAAAAUAAUCCCUUAAUUGCUUCUGAUAAAUUUCAAAUUUUUUUCCCAGGAUAAGAAUUAAUGUGAACUGUCUAGUUUAAACAUUUUUUUUAAAGAAUUGUUUGCGGGUUUCCUAAAAAAAUAUUUAUGACAUUCCUGAAAUGGCUCAUGAAAAACAUGCAGUAUUGACACAAAUUCAAUAUUUCAUUUCAGUUUAGUCUUAAUUAUA